UUUAACAUGCUGACUCAGGAUCUUCACAGUCAGUCAUGGGUCUUCCAGGGAUUCAGAUGUGGACACAGACACUAUGUGUCUUGAUAUCUGUGAGCUUGAUGUCUAUGGGUCAAGCAAUCAAGGACAUUGAGGCAGGACCGCAGUACAUGGUAGCCAUUCCCGCAGUUCUUGAAGCUGGAGCUGAGACCCAAUUCUGUGUGAGUGUCCUGCAGCCCAACGAGACUCUGGUGAUAACCGUCACUCUGAUGUCCGAAGAGAUGAAUAAUACCCUCUUCCAGCAGACGUGCAAUAAAGACUUCCAUAGAUGCGCUCAAUUCAAGGUUCCUUUAGUGAAGGAGGAAGUGGUGCAGAAUUUUCAGGUGGAGGUACGAGGCAACACAUUUUACUCAAGAGAAACCAGGAAAGUCCUCCUCAAAGUCUAUCGACCUUUGACAUUCGUCCAAACAGAUAAACCAAUCUACCUUCCCGGACAAACAGUGCAAUUCAGAGUCGUCUCACUGGACUCCAAAUUGAAACCUGCCAUUCAGAUUUACAACUCCAUCGAAAUUGAGGAUGCGAGCAACAACCGGAUUGGACAGUGGCUGAACGAAACAUCCAGUUGUAGGAUAUUGGAGUUUUCUUUUCCCUUGAACUCUGAAGCCCAUGAAGGAACCUACAAAGUUACUGUGACCACUGAGUUUAAUACAAUAUUUCACAGCUUCAAAGUGGAGAAAUAUGUUUUGCCUAAAUUUGAUGUAAAAAUAGUUGCAUCUGAUGAAGUAAGUAUUGAACAGGAAGAAAUCAAAGUGGAAGUAUGUUCAACGUAUACAUUCGGACAGCCUGUGCCAGGCAUUGUUAUUGUGGGGAUGUGCAGACCUCUGAAUCAUUACAUCAAUAGAAACCCUCAAGGGGAAAUCCAUGAUAUAAUCCCCCCGUGCUACAAGGAGGCAAAGCAGACGGACAAGAAAGGCUGUGCCACUUUUAUCUUCCCAAUGUCAAUUUUCACACUUGCGGAAAAAGUGGUCCGUGAUGUACUGCAAAUCAGUGCCAUAGUGGAAGAGGAGGGCACAGGUAUUUCACGCCCACAAGACAAGAAUAUAAGAAUUUCAUAUGUGAGUGGAAAGCUGUCCUUCUUUGACUCACCUGCGAUUUAUGACGAAGGAUCAAAUGUGGAGGGAAAAGUUAGAGCAGUUCAUUACAACAAUACACCCAUUCCUAACAUGCCGGUGUACCUGUUUGAGGGUGAGAGGUGGGCAGCAAGCAGCUUACAGAAUCUCACAACUGACAGCAAUGGUUCUGCCACUUUCUCAUUCAGCACAGCUGACCUUAAAGGGGACAUCCACCUCUGGUUAAGCAGCACACCGACAUUUGGCUACCCUCCUUAUAGAGAGCCAUUCUAUGAGGCUGGAGAACACAGAGUGUCUGUUGCCCAACUGUCUUCUCCUGAUACUAAAACAGUCAGCUUCCUGGAGGUGAAGAAGAAGGAUAAAGCACUUCCUUGUGGCAAAGAAGAAGACAUCUCCAUCAAAUACACUGUAGUUGGAGAGGCCCAGGGAACUGUGGUUGUGAUGUAUCUUGUCUUAGCCAGAGGAGCCAUUGUCGUGCAAGGAGUUACACAGGUUGAAGUGCAAGAUAAAUUGGUGAAUGAGGGCGAGGUAACCAUGAAGCUGACAGUGUCUCCAGACAUGGCACCAGAAAUCCAAGUUGUAGUUUACGCCAUCCUCCCCAGUGAGACUGUGAUCGCCAUCAGCGCUGAUUUCUUAAUUGAGAAAUGCUUCAGUCACAAGGUGUCGCUGGAGUUUUCUCCGUCCUCACCCACUCCAGGAGAGGCAAGCACCCUGCAGGUGAACGCCCAGCCAGACUCUCUGUGUGGCAUUAGCAUUGUUGACCAGAGUGUCCUCCUCAAGGAGCCAGGGAAGACUCUGGAAGCAGACACGAUAUUUGAAAAGUUGCCUGUCCAAAAAGCAACCUAUAUUCCAUAUAAAGUUCAAGAUCUUCAAGAAUGCUUGAAUGUAAGACCGAGAAGAUCUAUUAUUCCAUUCCCCAAUAACAACCCGAGAGAUGAUGCUUAUACAAUUUUCGAGAAUGUAGGUAUGAAGCUGGCAACAAACUUGUUAAUCCGAGAGCCUUCAUGCCUCAAGUACAAAGGAAGAGAAUAUCACCAAGGCCGUGGUAUUGCAUAUGGUGAAGCUUAUCCUAUCGCAAGAAAAAUGGAUGUUGAAAUGUUAGCGUCGCCAGCAAACGCUCCUUCGGAUAAUUCACCAAUUGAGACAGUCCGCACUUUCUUUCCCGAGACCUGGAUGUGGGACAUGGUGGAAAUUGGAAAUUCUGGAACGCUGGAUGUUUCCCUCACUGUACCAGACACUAUCACCACCUGGGAGACUGAGGCUUUCUGUCUGUCCCCUCAAGGUUUUGGCUUGGCUCCUCGCUUAGAGAUCACUGUCUUCCAGCCCUUCUUCCUCGAGCUCACCCUGCCUUACUCAAUCAUCCGGGGAGAACACUUUGAACUGAAGGCAACCGUCUUCAACUACCUGACCAGCUGCAUCAUGGUCUCUGUGACUCCAGAGCCCUCCUUAGAUUACACCCUCACCCCCUUCUCAAGUGACCAGUUCACAACCUGUUUGUGUGGAGGUGAACGCAAGACCUUCUCUUGGACCAUGGACGCCUCAGCCAUAGGGGUUUUAAAUGUAACAGUGAGUGCUGAGGCUGUGCCAUCCAUAGUAGCAUGUGACAAUGAGAUUGUGAGCGUGCCAGCAAGAGGUCGCAUCGACGUGGUCACACGUUCCCUCAUAGUAAAGGCUGAAGGAACUGAGAUAACCAAGACCUACAACUGGCUGCUCUGCUCAAACGGAGAGCCUGUGACAGAGAGUAUAGACUUACAGCUCCCUCAGAACGUCAUUGAUGGAUCUGCCCGUGCUUUGAUAUCAGUCCUGGGUGACAUUCUCGGCCGAGCCCUGAAGAACCUGGAUGGGCUGCUGCAGAUGCCGUAUGGAUGUGGUGAGCAGAACAUGGCGCUCCUGGCCCCCAACAUCUACAUCCUCCAGUACCUGCAAGACACACAGCAGCUGACCCCAAAGAUCAGAGAGAAGGCCAUCGACUUCCUGAUCAGUGGUUACCAGAGACAGCUGAACUACAAACAUGCUGACGGUGCUUUCAGCACAUUUGGAACAGGAAGUGGGAACACUUGGCUGACUGCUUUUGUGCUGAGAUCGUUUACCAAAGCACAGUCUUUCAUCUUCAUUGACCCGGCAAAUAUUAAGGAUUCUUUGAAAUGGCUACAAAAGAAACAACGAGAAAAUGGCUGCUUUGAACAGUUAGGAAAACUCUUUCACAACAGAAUGAAGGGUGGUGUGUCUGAUGAAGUGACUCUGAGCGCCUACAUCACUGCUUCCUUCUUGGAGAUGAAUAUGACCGCAGAUAAUCCUGUGGUGAAGCAGAGCCUGUCCUGCCUCAAAGAGUCAAUGAAGGACCUCAGUAACACAUACACUACCGCUCUGCUGUCGUACGUCUUCACCCUGGCAGGAGACAUGCAGACCCGUGCUCUCCUUCUGAAUCACCUGGACACCAUUGCAGUACAAGAAGGAGGUUUCCUUCACUGGAAUCAGAAAUCAUCAGAAACAUCAGCCUCUCUGUCUGUGGAGAUCAGCUCCUAUGUGCUGCUGGCCAAACUCAGUGCCUGUCCUACUACUGAAGACCUGGGAUAUGCCAAUCGCAUCGUUAGAUGGUUGUCGAACCAGCAGAACCAUUAUGGAGGAUUCUCCUCCACACAGGACACCGUGGUGGCUCUUCAGGCUCUGGCUCUCUACUCCACUCUGGUGUUCAGUCCAGGAGGUUCAAGCACAGUGACAGUCCAGUCCCCCAGUGGCCCGCUGACAUUUGAGAUGAACCAGAACAACAAACUGCUCUACCAGGAGAAGCUGCUGCAGGACGUGACAGGAAAGUACACCUUGGAGGUGAAGGGCAGUACAUGUGCUGCAAUUCAGAUUUCCCAGCUUUAUAACAUUCCAACUCCCACUGAUGUAACAACCCUCAGUGUCAUAGUCACAUCAGAGGCCAACUGCACCAGCAAUAAAAUCACUCUGAACAUGAAGUCCUUAUACAGUGGCGAGGAGAAGAGUACAAACAUGGUGAUACUAGAUAUUAAAAUGCUCUCUGGGUUUGCCCCGCACCCAGAGUCUUUGAAGAGGCUCAAAGGUGCCCUGCUGGUGGAUCGGGUUGACCAAAAGGAUGAUCAUGUUCUGGUGUACAUACAGGAGUUACCAAAGGACAUAGCUAUCAACCACAGCUUAGAGCUCAUACAGGAGCUCCCAGUGCAGAACCUGAAGCCAGCCGUGGUCAAGAUCUAUGACUACUACCAGCCAAGUGACCAGGCUGAUACAGAAUAUGUCUCCCCUUGUGUUACAGAUUAAGAGUGAAAUGUGGCCCUCGUGCUGUCACAGAUGCCAGUAUGAUUUAAAAUACAUUUUUUAUCAAAGAUACAUUUUAUGUACUUUCACACCAGUUAAAAUGUUUGUUUGUUUGUUAGUAUUCUGCCACAAUCCCUUAUAGCUGUGUAACUACUGCAUGUGUCUCAAGUGAAAUGCAUGCAUUAUGGUAAUAAAAUUAUGUUAUGUCGCAUUCAAAA